AUGGAAGAGGUGGAGGCGGCGGCGGCGGAGGGAGAGGCCGCGGUUCUGACUGGGCCCGAGCCGGAGAAAGAGGAGGAGAAGGCGGAGGAGGCCAAAGCCGUUAUCGAGUCCUCCUCAGAGGCGGAGGUGCCUGUGGCGGUGGUGGUGGCCAGUCCUCCGCCGGCCGAGGAGCAAGAGGCAGCUCUCCCUGAGGCGUCGGUGGAAAAGGGCCCGGAUGGAGAACCCCCUCCAGCGGCCGAGGGAGAAGCGGAGGCAGAGGGGGCCGCCGUGGAAGGAAAGGCGGAGGGAGUCCCAGAAGGCGGAGGGGCACUGGAAGGCCCAGAGCAGGAAGGGAAAGGGGAGCUGCCGGCGCCUGAAAGAGGGGAGGAGGAGGUGAAGGAGGAGGAGCCGAAACCCCCCGAGGAAGCCGCCCCGAGCGAAGAGGCGCCGCCCGAGGAGAAGCCGGCCGGAGAAGGAGAAGGAGAAGAAGAGGGAACUUUGAAAGAAAUACUGAAAAAAGAAGGAGAUGGAGAGGGAGAGAAAGACGGGGGCAAGGGAGAGUCCCAGCCUGCAGCGGAGGAGGAGUCACAGGAGCCCUCACCAACGCUGCUCCUGCCCCAGCCAGCGAAGCCCGAGCUGCCCACCUCUGUAACCUUUGCGGAAGGUGAGGCCAAGGAGCCUUCCCUGCUCCUGCUGGGUGCCGACCUGGGCCAACGCAUCAGCCAGAGCCUCUGGGAGCUGGACAAGAUUCGCGGCCCUUCGGCGGGCUCCACCCCAGAGAGCACAGAGGCCCUGUCGCCAGAGCGGGAGACCGAGGAGCAGCUGGUGGCGCGCCGGGCUGAGGAGCAGCGCCGCCGGGAGGAGCUGACCGAGGAGUUUUGGCAGUUGCAAGCCGAGCGCCGCCGCCUCCGCAACGAGAACAUCAAGCUUCAGGCCAAGCUGGCUGAGCUACUGGGCCGAAGCGGUAAGGAGGGUGCCCCCCGUGCCGCCGCUGCCUCUGAGCUGGAGCAGCACAUCUCUGACCGAGAGCAGCGCUACAGCCGCUACCUGGCCAUGCUGGAGGAGCUGCGCGCCCAGCAGGUGGCCGAGGGCGCCUGGUACCAGAGGCAGCUUGAGGCCCUGCACAACUCCUGUCAGGAGAAGCUGGGCAAGGUGCAGGCCGAGUGGCAGGCCUGCCAGGCCACCAAGAAAGAGGUGGCUGUCUUCACCAUGGGCCGGCGCCUAGGUGGCAAGCAGGCUGCCAAGAAGGAGGUGGACCAGAUCCAGGUCCGAGAGCAGGCCAAGGAGGACGAGAUGACCGAGGUUCGUCUAGAAUAUAUAAACUUGAAGCACAAGAUCCAAAAACUUGAAGCAAAGCUAAAAGCCCAGGAGGAGCUGGCAGAAGGCCUGCACUUAAUAGACUUUGAGCAAUUGAAGAUUGAGAACCAAACCUACAAUGAAAAGAUUGAAGAACGCAAUGAGGAGCUUUUGAAGCUCCGGAGAAAGAUUACAAACACAGUACAAAUCAUAUCUCAAGUAAAAGAAAAGCUGCAGUUUGUGGAAGCAGAGAAUCAAGUCCAGAAAUCCCAGUUAAUGGCAGUUGAAGCUUUAGUGGCGCAAAAGAGAGAGAUUCUAACUAAGACUAAACAGGCUCGGGAUAAGUUGCGAUUGGACAAUGAGAGGCUUCAGCAAAAGUGCGGUUUACUUGGGCAUUCACUGUUGUUGAGGGACUAUGAAAACAAAGUGAAUGCUGCUGAGGCACUCAAGGAGCGGCUAGAGAUACUGAAGCGUCGUCAUGCUGGACUCAGUCUUUCAUGCAAAGGAGUCAAAAAGAAACUCGAAGGGGUGACAUCUUUUCUACCAUUGUAAAUUACUAUGGUUUAAAUGUAAAAAAGACAAGAUUUUGGGGAGUAUGCACUAAGCUCUUAACAUGUACUUGUUUGUUGAUAGAAUUUAUGGUCAAGAGAUUAUUGUGCCUUAAUGUAAAAUCAGCCUUAUCCACUUAGUUUAGAACUAUCCAAACUAUUUUUAAAAACCUGAUAAAUUGCAUACUUUGUGGAUUCAACUUUAAAGGGGAUUCUGUCCCAGGAACUCUUUGAGGCAAUGACGUACUGCUCUACUACCCAUUUCUGAGCUAUCCUGGCUUCUUUCUUCUACCAAGCUUUGUGGUAAAUAAUAUACAUUUCCCCCUCCUCUUCUUCUUUUAAUAGUGUCUUAAGAAUGCUUUUUAUGUCAAAUUUUUUAGAACCCCCCUGGUGCUUUUUCUGGGUUGUGGGGUUUUUUCCCCCUUCUCUUCCAAAUCUCAUUCUUACUUUCUCUACUAAAUCAACUGAUGUUCCCCCACUUUUGUUGUAUUUAUGUCAAUAACUCAAAUAAAUAUAUAUAUAUAUAUGGGAAGAAUGCUUUUUAUAAAGAACUAGCUGUAUCCAGCCAUGUGUUGCUGUGGCCCAAUCUGGUUCAAUGGGAAAGAAAGGAUGCAGAAAGACCAGGUUUCAGAUAUAUGUGAUUUCACAAUGAUUGUGGAUAGGCAAUAUUCGUGGUGGUUUCAUAAUCAAGGCAAAUAUGAAGAUUGUCUGGUUGGGUGACUCUGGAAUACAGAACAUAUUACUGUCCAUGUGAUAAGCAAUCCAUGUCCUGUUGUAAACCGUAGAAUUCUAAAGAUUGCCUCUGAGUGUAAACAUAGAUGGAUGGAUCGAUACAGAUCUCUUUCUUUCUCUGCUCUCUCCUCGGCUUCACAUAACUCGCCAAGCCGAACUGAGUGGCAAGGAGGCGGGCCUGGCUGUUCCUUGUGGCCCCACCCAUGCCAGUUGCUAAAGGGAGGAGACUGCUUGACCAUUGCUAGCACUUUUGCUAAGAGGAGCUGUCUGCUAUGAUGGUUCCUAAGGGAGGAGACUGCUUAGCUGUUGCUAAGGAGAGGAGCUAUCUGUUACGACGGUAGCUAAGGGAUGAGCCUGAUUGGCAGUUGCUAUGGGGUAUGGUUUUACCUUUCUCAGAUGUGACUGCUUUGUAAUAGUAAGCAUGUGAAUAGCUUAAAACCCUUGUCAGUUUAAAUGCUAAGUUGUGUCCAAAUUUCGUAGCAAUCGGUGAAGUAGUUUGGGAGAUAUGAGGUCCUCACAAACAGAUUACAUUUUUAUUUAUAUUUUUAUUUUAACAGUAGAAUUGUGUUUUUGAAUCCUCUAGAGAAGUUAGCGUACUUCGCCGUGUUAAAAUGUAGAGCAGUGGUUAAUGGAUGCUUUCUUUUAGUCUUCCAGGGGAAAAUUCUUCUUUUAGUGAAGACAAUUACUGCAGCACUGGGAAUGGUAGGGAAACAUUCUUGCUGGAUUGCCCCUGUAAGUGACAGAGUUGGUUAUAAUAUUGAAAAUGCUAAUUGGGAGGAAAUUAAUUUAACUACCAUCAGUAGUAUUUAACCAAACUAUAUAUUAUCGGUAAUUUACUGGCAUGGGGUAUUUUAGUCUUAAAACUAUAGAAUUUUAUUUCUUGCUUAUUUUGGAGAAAAAUGUAUACAGUCUUUCUGAAAAUAUAGCUGCUUUUUAGGGAAGAUUGUUGGCAAGACAUAUGUUCACAAUUUGGUUAUCUUGCUUGUUUAUCUUUUUUUAAAAAUUGCAGUAGAAGUAGAAUGAAAUGGAGAUCCGAUUUAAAAAAUAGUGAAUAAGAUCAGCACAAAUCUGUCCAACAAAACGUAGAACUCCAAAGAGAAUCAAAGUGUGGGAAGAUGCAACAGAAACCUACAGUGAAACAGCUUCCUUUGCAGUUACAAUGCUGACCUCCAAGACUGUUCCCUUGCACAAAAAUGGCUUGACAUGAAACUAAUGGAACUGUUCAAAAAAUUUACUAGCGUGGCUAAAACAUUUGGAAAAACCAUGGAUCUUAGCACAGCCCUGGAAUGUAGAUUUAAAAAACAAGUGGCUACACAACUCUUAACAAAGAUGGACAUGAGUUGAUCAUUCAUAUCUUAUUUUGCAUAGUGAGAUGAAAGGUGAGACAAUCCUUGUCCAAGCAAAUGUGUCUGAAACUGUAGGUGAUUAGAUGGUGUUAUGAAAAUAUGCAGAGAACCUGGACCAUAUUCCCUCUCUGACCUGAUUGCCCUAGACACAUAAAAAUAACAUUUAUGCACUAUUCAGGAAAACCUAGGCAACUUGUGUCCUUUCAGGUGUUUUGGACUUCAGCUUCUAGAAUUCCUGACCAUUGGGCACACUGGCCAGGGCUUCUGGGAGUUAGUCCCAAACACCGGGGGGGGGGGGGGGGCAUGGGUUGUUCAAGCCUAAGUCAUUCUGAAAGUUGUGAAAUAUAAAGACACCAGAGACAAAUAUAUUUGGAAUUAAGUGCAGAAGUACUGCACAAGUUAAAUAUACUACAACUAUUUACAGAGAAAUGAGUAAGGUGAAAGGAGUCAGGGAAGUGCACACGCUUCCCAUGUAAACUUGUAAUCACCCAAAUGAUCAGCUCAACCAAACUACAAGUUGCAAUACAGAAGGCACCAGUUUUUAAGUUUUAAAACCUAUAAAAUAGUCUAUUUUCAAGAAAUUGUUCUUAUUAAAAGACAUUAUUUGUGUACUGAAGGAUGCACUAAUAGUUGAAUCUUAUUCCUGAUUUCAGCAGAUAGAUUUUUUUCUCUGUCAACUACAGCCCAGCACUCUAACAGCAGUUAUGAUUCUAUUGUACCUCCAACUGCCCAAAACCAGUGUAUGAUUUCUGUGUUGGAAGUACUUUGAUAUUUCCAGCUUGAGGGGCUGUAUCUUGGGAAGUCCAUGUAGUUUGGACCCUGAGAGGGGCCCAACAACAGGUGAACUAAAUCCACCAGCAUCCCAACAAAUUUGAGAUUAUUGAACAAAAGCAAUUAUGUAGAAUAGUAUACAUCCCACACCAGAGACCUAAACAUUUUAUUUCUCAAGUUAUUAGAUGCAGUUCAGGCUACCGAUCUGGUCAAUAUAGACAAUAUAAGAGAGUCACCUAAAAGUACAACACUGACAAUAUACUUUUAAUCAAGUUUGGCCAAGUUUGAAAAAAUAAUUGAGGUCAGUCUCAUGCUGCUAGUGAUUUGCGUGUACUCUCCAGCCCCUUUCCCCGUUGCUGUAAAAAAUGGAAGGUUGAUGGUUGUUACCGAGUCUCAACAAACAGAAAAGCUUCCAGAAGCGGCAGUUCUUUGAAGUCAGCCCCAGAUCAGAAAAUGUGCAUUUUUCUCCCUGCAUUAUUUUGAACUAUGACACUUUGCGUUUCUCAAGAAGUAUCUGUGCCUCAGAGUUCUGCACAACACAAGGUAUAGUAAAUGUGUCAGGAUGGUGGGAAGAUUAAAAAAUGCCAGGAAGGAAGAUGAAACAACUGGUUCCUCUAUGGUCUGAACUCCAUUCUUCUAGCUGUAGCUUUGGACUAAUUCAUUUCUCCUUUCCAACUUGAAGAGAUAAUCCCUUCUGAGAAGUUCAGUGCAAUGUUUAUUUUGCAAGGUAAGGCAAUAGUAUUAAAAUAUUUAUACCCUACCCUAUACUGUAUUAAAGAUCUCUGAGCAGCUUAUGAAAAGUAAUAAAACAAGUAACAAAGUUUUAAAAAUAUUUAAAUAAGCUAAACACUUACUAAACAUUAAAAAAGAUUUGAAAGAUUUCAAAACUAGGUUUGGGUUGAAUUAAUGGUCCCUAAAUGAUGUGUGUAGGUGCCAGUUGGACCUCCAGUGGAAGGAGGGCAUUCCAGUUAGGGUGCCUCACUUGAGAAGCUGAAGCCCCCUCUUCACCUCACCAUCAGACUUUGAUCUUUGGGCAGGCACAUACCGGUAUUUUGUUUUUCGUGUCAGGAGCAACCGGAGUUGCUUCUGGAGUGAGAGAAUUGGCCGUCUGCAAGGACGUUGCCCAGGGGACGCCCGGAUGUUUUGAUGUUUCACCAUCCUUGUGGGAGGCUUCUCUCAUGUCUCCGCAUGGAGCUGGAGCUGAUAGAGGGAGCUCAUCCAUGCUCUCCCCGGGUGGGAUUCGAACCUGGCAGCUUUCAGGUCAGCAACCCAACCUUCAAGUCACUUAGUCCACUACGCCAUCUGGGGGCUCCGGCAGGCACAUAUGGGAAGAGGUGUUCCUCAAGUAUCAAGGGCUUGGGGCUUUAAAUGUCCUCACAGGCACUUUGAAUGUUGACUGGAAAUGUACUGCAGUCGGUGUAAUUCUUUUAAUAUCAGCACAAUAUGCUGCCUAUAUGGUAUUCCAGCCAGCAGUUGAGCUGCUGCAUUUUGCACUAACUUCAGCGUCUAAGUCAUCUUCAAAGGCAGUCCCACAUAGAGCACACUACAGUAGUCUAAUGUGCAGGUUACUAGUGCCUAGACUACUAUCACUAGGUUAUCUUGGUACAGGAAAGGCUGUACUUGGUGCACCAAUAUAAAUAAGUAUUGGCAAUAGUAUCCUUUGAUAGCAGGGCUUUGUGUUCUUCAGCAUACUAGGUGGAUGAAAUCUAUGUCAAUGCUGCGUUAAAGGUAGAUUUUGUAUGAUAAAACAUACACAAAACAACGCAACUGUCCUUUUAUCUUUUAUUUGGUGUUUAGUAACUCCACAAAAAACAAAUUCAGUUACCCUGGUGUAUGUGAAAUCAGAACAAUACAACCACUUGAAGCAAAAAAGUAGAAACAAAUUCAGCCCAGGAAUGAAAAACUGAUACUUCAGUGCUAUGGAUAUGCAAUGCGCUUCAUACCACAGUGCAUUUUAGCAUCUCCACUUUUUAAAUUAUCCUUGCAGAGAAACAAAAACACAAACUCACACAUCAACCUUCUCACUGGAAAGCUUCAGAAUUUUAUCCAUUCAGUUAUGAAACAAAUAAAUAUUAUUUGUUAUUGCCCACACAUGUAACAUGUACAUUUUUAAAGAUGUUAAAAUAUUAAAUCAUAAUAUAAUGAAUCAUCCUUUCACUGAGAUAUCUAUCUAAAUAAGCCAAGGUUAAAAGGUGUGGGUCCCCCUCCCCCCCAAAUAUUCCCGUUUGGUCAUUCAUUAUUCUAACAAUGACUCUAGUUGGAUUAAACCAUUAGAAUUCAUCAGUUUUCGUUCUUUUUGCUUUCAUGUUGACAGACAAUAUUCUCAGUGCAUGUGCUAUACAACAUUUUUAAGGAAGCUCCAGAAGAAAGUAAAUAUUUAAAAACCUAUCCAGAAUCUCAAAUAAGAAAAAACAAACAACCCCAACACUGGAAAGAUUUUUUGUAUGAAAGCUAAAAUAAUGCAGCUUAAAAGCAGUUAAUAAUAUUUCCCUUGAAAGUACAAACCAAGCCACUGGAGUCAAAGUUUCAACAGAAAGAAUACAUGCAAUCUUAGAAGUUGCUGAUAUCCUAGAUCUUACGUCCAUGUACUAGUCAAGAAAAGGCAACAAAACUCAAAUUCAUUUCAGCUAACUAGCACAGAAUGAAACUUGAAAGCCAGUUCAGCUUUUCAUUUCAAACAACUAUAAUUGUUAGGAGUUUCUUGCCUAUUAAAAUUAAUGGCUUAGCAUUUUCAAAUCAACAGUAAACUUUCUGCACUUUCUGAUGUCUUAAACAUGCUGUUAUUGUAUAGAUCAGUUUUUAAAACUAUGAAAUGGUAUAAACCUAUAUUGCUCCUCCUGGCUCUUAUGAUUUGCAUAAUACAUUAGUAGCACAGGGAAUUGAUAGUCUUGCACAGUUACAAGUUGACAGAUGCAUUGACUAUGUUAAAAUAAACUUUAAGAGCAGGUCACAUAAAGCAACAAUCACUACUGCAAUCACACACGUAAGUCAUUUUCCCCACUCACACCCACAACACACAACUUACUCCUAACAUUCUCUCAGAACACAAAGUUAGCUACAAGUUUUACUAAAUUAGAACCACAAUAGUAGCUAACUGCAGGAGCCACUGGAUUGAUUUUGGGUGAUAUACUAACCUUCUGCAUAUAAAAUAUUGAAUGUUGACUCUGAGAUAGUUUCGGUCAAAUUUCUGCAGCUUGUGACAAAAUUCACUGUUCAUAAUUUCUCCAGGGGCAUUAAUGAUACAACCUUAAGCAUGCCUGCAAGAAUGUACCAUUAAAGUUAAGUGUGCUUCGGA